AUAUAUAAUUAAAGAAAAAUGAUAUCGGGAGGGAUGAAUUUGGUGAUGACAGUCAUAGGUUUCACUGUGAGUAUUAUGUUCAUAGUGUUUAUUUGUACACGUCUGAUUUGUGCUCGGAUUCAGCUCAGAGCUUCUCGGAGAUCCCUCGCAGUUUCUUCAAGAUCUGAUCUUAGUAUGCUCGAAAGGGGUACACACGGUCUUGAGCCCGUUGUUGUUGCAAAUUUCCCGACGAAGAAUUUCUGCGAGGAGUGCUUCUCAGCUGACAAAGAUGCUCAGUGUGCAGUUUGCCUUUCGGAAUACCGUUGUGAAGACACCUUGAGAAUCCUCCCCUAUUGUGGCCACUCCUUCCAUGUAACAUGCAUCGAUAUAUGGCUACAACAGCAUUCCACGUGCCCUGUUUGCCGAGUGUCACUACGCGAAUUCCCCGAGAAGAAACGGUCGAUGCAACCGUUGUUCAGUUCCGCCAUUCGAUCGCAUUUCGGGAGAGAGUCUUUCGACACACACGCGUACAACUGUUUGUUGAGAGGGCAGGGUUUUUCAUUGAGAACCCGCGACAACCCUGCAAUGGAACCGAUUCAAGAGAAUUCUUUUGCAAGUGUGGGAAGAAAUGGAAAUCCAGAAGCAGGGGAAAACAUGUCCCGUACGAUCAAAGACGAUGAAAACGCCAUUAAAGAGUCGAGAAAGAAGCUUGUGGAAUGCCCUUCAAACCCUUGAAUUAUCCUUGUUUGUUGAUUGUAAAGGUCUCGUGGUUGUGAAGUGGAUUGGUUUCCGUUUGUUAUUUUUUUGGUGGGUUAUUGUAAAUAUUUCGAAAA